AUGUUAAAUCACUCUUCCAUGGAAAAUCAAAUAGUGAUGACUGAAUUUAUUCUUUUUGGACUUUCCAGUAAUCCGCAAGUGCUAUUGUUUCUCUUUUUUCUGUUUCUAGUUAUAUAUGCUGCCACAUUGUUAGCAAAUGUUAUGAUUAUAGUGGUAAUAAAAGAAGAGCCAACCCUUCAAACCCCCAUGUUUUUCUUUCUCAAAAUACUAGCCUUGAUUGACAUUUGCUACUCAUCUGUCACUGUUCCAAAGAUGCUGGAAAAUUUUGUAUCAAAGGAGAAAUCCAUUUCUUUGGUGGGAUGUUAUGCACAGAUCUUCUUCUUUAUCCAUUUUGCUUGUGAUGAAAUUUUUCUGCUCACUGCCAUGUCAUAUGAUCGCUAUGUUGCUAUCUGUGACCCUCUUCAUUAUUCAACAAUUAUGAACAAACAGAUGUGUCAACUGCUAGUGGUUGCAACCUUUGUAAUGGGAUUCUUGGAUGGUGCAGUCAACACAGCGCCUUUACUAAAUGUGACCUUCUGUGGAGUCAAUACAAUUUGCCAUUACACAUGUGACCUUCCUGCAGUUUUGAGUUUGUCUUGCAGUGCAACCUUCAUCAAUUUUACAGUGAUUUCUGUCUCUGUUUUCCCCUUUGGUUUUAUACCUUUCCUCUUAACUCUCGUCUUUUACAUUAGAAUCAUUUCAACCAUUCUAAAAAUACCCUCCACAAAAGGAAAGAGCAAAGCCUUCUCCACUUGUAGUUCUCACCUUAUUGUGAUAUGUCUGUUUUAUUUUUCUGCUUUUGUCCAAUACUUAAAGCCAAGUUCAAAGUCUCUGUCAGACCUGGAAAGAGUGGCCUCUAUCCAAUACCUUAUUUUAACUCCUCUGUUAAAUCCUCUAAUAUACAGUUUUAAAAACAGUGAAAUGAAAAAAGGUAUUUGGAAAAAGUUUGUAAAAUGUAUGUAA